AUGACUGUGACAGCAGGUUCUGAUGUUAAUGGAUAUAUAAUCAGGAGAGCGAUUUCGCGUCAUCGCGAUUGUGAUGUGUUUGAAGUCGUGAGCAAGGAGGGUGGAUUGUUGUACUUGUAUAUGCUCCCCGAUAAGAAAAGGAUGCCGAAAGUAAUGACGAAUAAUCGUGAUGAGCUACGGUUUGAUGUAAAACCGUUUCACUGGGAGGACAAGUUUUGCUACAUUCAUGGGGAACAAGAUAUGAUUUUUGAUUACUUCAAUGUGGAUUCACAGCGUGCUGGUGCCUUUAAAAAUAAGCGUUACGGUGACAAGAUCGUACGGACACCGAUGCCCUUUGAUCUCUUGAGCGAUUAUGAAGGAGAAAACGAUGAUGAUGAUGAGGACGAUGACGAUUACGACGACGAUGACGAUAGCAAUGCUGAGCAUGAUGAUGAACUUGAUCUGGAUGAUGACGAUGGUGAAACCUUUUAUGACGAGCGCAACUCACAAUUUUAUACAUGUGAUUCCACAAGCACAGAAGCUGGGGUCCCAUCGAUACUACUACAUAAGGAUCAGAUGUCUGGAUCAGACUGUCAUGUCGAAAUUCAGACACCGAAAUGGGAAGGGCUACAUAGAGGUCGGCAUGUACCAAGGACCCCUGUACCAGCUUUUGUGCAAACUGAGGCAAACGAAAGGGAGUUCGAGAAAAAACAGGAUCAACUGAAGUGCGAUUUUGAACUGAAAAUGGUUGCAAGUGCAAUGCUAAAAAGGAGGGAAGCCAAGAGUCUGGCUAUAUAA